GAAGGUAAACGGUGUUUCCAUGUGCUGCUCUGGUUUGCCAGAAGCAGCUUUGUCAUGCUGGCCACAUGACCGGAAGCUAUACGCCGGCUCCCUCGGCCAAUAAUGCGAGAUGAGCGCACAACCCCAGAGUCGGUCACGACUGGACCUAAUGGUCAGGGGUCCCUUUACCUUUACCUUACACUCCUAUGAACAUACGAGCCUUCCAGAUCAAGCCCUAGGCCCAUCUAGUCCAGCAUCCUGUUCUCACUGUGGCCAACCAGAUGCCCCGAAGUAGGACUUGAGCACAAGAAUGCUCUCCCCACCUGGUAUUCAGAGUCCCACUGCCCCCAUUGGUGGGGACACACACAGCAUAGUCAUCAUUCCCCUGAUAGCCUUGGACAGGGACUCCUUUUUUUCUCCCAAAGCCACAAGGUUGCAUAUCAGCGAUGCUAAUAAUAAUAAUAAUAAUAUAAUAAUUUGUUAUUUAUAGCCCGCCCAUCUGGCUGGGUUUCCCCAGCCACUCUGGGCGGCUUCCAACAGAAUAUUAAAAUACAAUAGUCUAUUAAUCAUUAAAAGGAUUGGGAAUCCAUCACACUGUAGCAAAGCAAAGCCUCCUAGUCAUGGACUUCCACCUUGCCAAUCUUCCAGCAUCCUCCCACUCUUUGGACAGAGCCUGAGAGAUCAAUGCUGUUUUCAGUUAGCAUAGUUACUCUCUGUUGUUUGUGAGCAUUGCAGGGAUCACACUGGUCACAUCUGCAUUUUGUUUCCCCCUUUGGCCGGAGCUGGGAUCAGGAGUGGAAAACAACUCAUUAAGGAGAUGGGAGCUGCUGCAAUGCCUGGUCUCCUCUCUUCACUCCGCUACGUUCUCAUUCUCCUCCUCCUCUUUUCACCUGCCUCUGGCUCUGCCCCUGGCGAUGACACCGUGGUGGUCACCAAAAGUGGCCCCAUCAAGGGCAAGCAUGUUCCAGCUGGCUCUGGCUCUGUGACGGCCUACUUGGGUAUCCCCUAUGCUGAGCCCCCUGUGGGGAAAUUGCGUUUCCAGAAGCCCCUUGCACAUCAGCCGUGGAGCCAAGUCUUGGAAGCCACCAGCUAUGGCAACUCUUGCCCCCACUUUGUUAUUUCUGGCAUCCCUGAUGCAGCCAUGUGGGCAGCCAAUACACCACAGUCAGAAGACUGCCUCUUUCUCAACACCUGGGUUCCCCACCCGCGUCCCUCUACACCAACCCCUGUCCUUGUUUUCAUUCACGGAGGGGGAUUUUUCACUGGGACAUCUUCCCUGGACUUGUACAAAGGGGCAUCCUUAGCUUCUACUGAGAGAGUGAUAGUUGUCAGCAUGAAUUAUCGCCUGGGGAUGCUAGGCUUCCUGACCAUGCCACCAGCAGCUCCAGGAAACUUGGGCUUGCUAGACCAACAGCUGGCUCUGAGAUGGGUCAAUGAGAAUGCCGCCGCCUUUGGAGGAGAUCCGACUCGGGUGACCAUAUUUGGCCACAGUGCCGGAGCAGCGUCAGUGGGUUUCCACCUCCUUUCACCAGGCAGCCAGACCCUUUUUGCCCAAGCUGUGAUUCAGAGUGGAUCUCCCAAUGCCAUCUGGGCUUGGAUGAGUCCUGAGGAAGCCAAGCAAAAAUCCCUUGCUAUCACCCAGCUGCUGGGCUGUGCUGAUGGCGACGAUAGCGCUGUGAUGAGCUGCCUACAGGCGAAAGAUGCCACAGAAUUCUCUCCACAGGAAAUACUCUUCCUUGAGAAAAGCAAAUAUCUUAUCGAUCUCCCUGUGAUACCAACAACAGAUGGAGAUUUCCUGCCUGACGACCCUCAGAAGCUUCUGGAGUCUGGGAACAUCAAGAUCAAGCCAAUCCUCAUUGGUUUUACCUCCGACGAAGGGUCCACCUUUCUGCCGUUUAGUUUUCCUGGCAUCGAGCGCCACCACUUCACCCAGGAGCUACUACUGAAAGGGAUACGGAUGGCAAUACGAAAUGCGAAGGAAGAAGUUGUCCAGGCUGUGGCGCAGGAGUACAGCAGCAAGGAAGGCCAGGAUCCAGCUCGGUACCACAGCGCCUUGUCACAGUCCUUUGGCGAUUACUUCUUUGCGUGCCCAAUGGAUGAAUUCGCUAAGAAGCUGGAAGAAGCUGGAAGCCCUGUGUACACUUACUACUUCAAGCACCACACCUCAGGCUCUGUUUGGCCUGAGUGGAUUGGCGCACCCCACGGCGCUGAGCUGCCUUACUUGUUUGGAACCCUCGAGACAGCUUUGGCCAUCAAUCAAACUUACACAGAAGCUGAGGCUGAUCUGAGCCGCAGGGUGAUGCGAUACUGGGCAGAGUUUUCCAGAAGUGGGAAACCAACGGGGUCAGCUGCCAGUGAGGUAGAGUGGCCGCUCUAUAAUGCCACACAGCAAAACUUCUUCUACCUAAGCACUGAGCCAACCCAGGUUGUGGACAGGUCACCUGUGCAACACUGCACUUUCUUCAAUACACUGACAAACAAAUUGAAAGAGGAUUCUGCUGCUUCACACAAGGAGGAGGACGAGACAAAGGAAUCCACAACUUAAUAGAGGAAAUCUCCAUGAAAGGUGUUGCCUGACUUUGUGUCCCUCAAGAAUAAAGCAUUAUUACCAAGUGACCUAGAAGAAAACCUGACAAGAUAUUCUGGGACUCCCAUGCUGAUAAAGACCCACUGCUUCCUGUGACCUUAACACGCUCACAACCAAUUGAAAACACACCUUUUAUGUGUCUGCGAAAUUUUGAGCUUCUAACAAAGUAACUGUUCUGCCAUUUUGAGAAGUGGGUUUCAAGCUCUUUGGCAGUUGUAGAUUCCUGAGACAUCUAAUAUACAUUUCCUUUUGAUAUUAGCAAAGUUUAAGUUACUUUUGCUUUGGUCCUGAUGAGUGAUAGUUUGAUUCCUGUAGUUCAAAGCUAACAACUUCAUUCUUCCACCCCCCCCCCCCAAUAAUAAUCAUAAUACCAUAAUGCCAUGCCUCUCUCACAGUAAGAUAACCUUAAGGCUUCAGGAAACAAAGAUCACCAGUUUAGUCAUUUCUCAUUAGGGUUAUAUUCUUUCACCAACCAACUGAACAAAGUAAAUGACAUAGGAAAUAGACAGGAACUUGUGGGAAAAAGACGAUAGAACAAAUCCAUGUCGGUGUUAUAAGAAAUUGCUCAACCCCUUUCCUCUCCUUUACGAUGCAUUGGCUAAAAUGAGUACAAACCCGCUCGAUUUUCAAUGGUUAGCUAGUUCUCCAAAUUCCAGCAAUAAACUCUACACCCUCAAGGAACCAAAACAUGCUUCGCUUCAGGACACAGAUGCCCCUCUUCCUCCCUUUCUUACUUUAGUGUCAGUUCUGUGGCAAUAUUGUCACACCCACUUUCUGUAGACUUUUGGGAAUAGUUAGGGAUUCUUUUACUCUUUAAAUCAAGGUGUGUUGGUGUGGCAAGAGCUGCUGCCUGCCUAUACUGUAGGGUCAUUUUGCUGUCUGAAGCGGCACCCAUAUAUUCUGAAACUUUCAUUUCAUGUAAUAAACCAGUCUUUCUUUGCUCCUCUUGUGUAUGAGUUCUCUUGCGGGGUGUUAUAAAAUCAUAUUGGGGGGGGGGGUUUGCAGGACACCAUUAUUAAUGAACAGAGAGGGGUGACAGAAUUUGACAGCUGCAAUACCCAGAAUCCUGUUCAAUGCCAUCUUCCCUGUCUCCCCACCCCUCCAGCUAGGACGAGACCCUGCCUGAAGGAAGGCUUAAGGAUCUGCAUAUGCACAACAGUUAGCAUAAACUCACACAUUUCCCCUCUCCACCUCCCCUCCGCCCAGAACAAAACAAUGUUUCCAGAAGAAGGGGGGGGAAAACCGCCCAAAUCCAAAGUUAAACUUUUCUACUCAAGUUAAUAAUACAGCCUAUUAUAUGUUCUCUUACCAUGAAAUCUCUAUCCGCUGCCUCUGUAUUAGAAUUGCUGUUUUAUAUCUUAGAACUGUAUAUGUCAGGACUGCUACCUUUUAAUUAGAAAUCCCUGCAUUAGGUAUGUUUUCCAGGUAUAUUUUCUGUAUGAACCCUGUAUGAUCCCAACCCACCUGAA